UUUUGCUCUUGUCGACCGUCGUUAUAAUUCGAGAUUCGAGUCAAGAAAGACUCGUGGUGGAAUAUCGGCGUCGAGUUUGGGGAAAAGGCACGUUUAACCGACGGCUAGCGACGACGCUCGGUUCUCUCCUUACGUCACUCCUGCUGCUCCGUAGCAUAACACGAUCUGCCUCUCCUCUUCCUCUUCCUCUUCCUCUUCGUCUCCGUCUUCCUCUUCUUCGCCGUCCCUUCCGUCUCUGAUCGCCCACUUCCACAUCGCGUGCUGCGUGGCGGAGCUCCAAUCGCGUCGCGGGAUCGGAUCUCUUGCGGAUCAGCCGAUUCGUUUGGAUCUGGUCCCAUCCCCAUGCUGUCGAAUCACCUUCAGAACGGGAUCGAGACGGCCAAGCUCGUCUGGUCCCGCCUCCCGAGCUCCGAGGAUGGCGCUGCUGCCGAGGUCGAAUUUGCUAACCGGAGCAACGACGGCGUCGGCUCCGAGAGCCUCGAUUAUGAGGUCAUCGAGAAUCACGCCUACCGGGAACAGCAGGCGCAGAGAGGAACGCUCUGGGUUUCGUAUUAUGUAGUCCUCAGAUGGUUGUUCUCUCUACUGAUUGGCAUCGGUACUGCUUUGGCUGCUGUUUUCAUUAAUCUAGCUGUCGAAAACUUUUCGGGCUGGAAAUAUGCUGCAACUUUCUCUAUAAUACAGCAUUCAUAUUUUGCUGGCUUUUUGGUGUUCAUAUUAUUCAACUUGGGUCUUGUUUUAUCUUCUGUUUUCAUUGUGACAAAGUUUGCACCAGCAGCUGCAGGCUCUGGUAUACCAGAGAUUAAGGGUUACUUAAAUGGAGUUGAUACACCUGGAAUUCUUCUUUUCAGAACUUUGAUCGGGAAGAUUUUUGGAAGUAUUGGCUCUGUGGGAGGUGGACUUGCUCUGGGUAAAGAAGGACCACUGGUUCAUACUGGUGCUUGUAUUGCUUCUCUUCUCGGACAAGGUGGAACCAAGAAGUACCACUUAAGUUCAAAGUGGGUACGGAUUUUUGAGAGUGAUCGUGAUCGGCGUGAUCUUGUGACAUGUGGAUGUGCGGCUGGGGUUGCUGCUGCUUUUAGAGCUCCAGUUGGUGGUGUAUUGUUUGCCUUAGAAGAAGUUACAUCAUGGUGGAGAAGUCAGCUUAUGUGGAGAGUGUUCUUUACAUCGGCUGUCGUGGCUGUGGUGGUAAGAUCGGCAAUGAACUGGUGCAAGAGUGGGAAAUGUGGACAUUUUGGUUCUGGUGGCUUCAUUAUCUGGGACAUAUCAGGUGGUCAAGAAGACUACUCUUUUCAGGAAUUUCUUCCUAUGGCUAUUAUUGGGGUGAUUGGUGGUCUUCUAGGAGCCCUAUUUAAUCAACUUACACUUUAUAUAACAAGUUGGCGCAGAAAUUCUUUACAUAAGAAGGGAAACAGAGUCAAGAUUUUGGAAGUUUGCAUAAUAUCCCUUGUAACCUCUGCUAUCUCUUUUGGCUUACCACUUCUAAGAAGAUGUAGCCAAUGCCCUGAUUCAGAGGGCAUUGAAUGCCCCCGCCCACCUGGGACAGAUGGAAAUUUCGUGAAUUUUCACUGCGCUAAGGAUAGAGAAUACAAUGAUUUGGCAACAAUCUUCUUCAAUACACAGGAUGAUGCUAUACGAAAUUUAUUUAGUGCAAAAACAUUCCAUGAGUACAGUGCGCAAAGCCUUGUCAUCUUUUUGGUUAUGUUUUAUUCCCUGGCAGUGGUGACAUUUGGGACUGCUGUUCCAGCUGGACAAUUUGUGCCGGGUAUAAUGAUUGGAUCAACUUAUGGACGUCUUGUAGGAAUGUUUGUGGUCAAAUUCUACCAAAAACUAAAUGUCGAGGAAGGAACAUAUGCUCUACUUGGCGCUGCUUCUUUUCUUGGUGGUUCCAUGCGGAUGACUGUUUCUUUAUGUGUCAUUAUGGUUGAAAUUACAAAUAACUUACAGCUCUUACCCCUUAUCAUGCUGGUUCUUCUAAUAUCAAAGUCUGUUGGUGAUUUUUUUAAUAAAGGCCUAUAUGAAGAACAAGCUCAGUUGAAAGGCAUUCCCUUACUUGAAUCUCGACCAAAGCUUUAUAUGCGUAACAUGACAGUUAGGGAGGUCUGCAAGAAUCAAAAGGUUGUGUCCAUCGCCCGCAUAGCUAAAGUUGGGGAAAUUAUUUCAGUGUUGCGUAGCACCAAGCACAAUGGCUUCCCAGUGGUAGACCAAGGGUAUAAUGGCGAGACACAUAUCAUUGGUCUCAUUCUUCGCAGCCAUUUAUUGGUACUUCUACAAUCUAAGCUGGAUUUUCAAAACAAUCCUUUUCCUUGUGAGAUGAGAGGAAUAUCCAACAGACACUUGAGUGAUUUUGUCAAACCUAUUUCAAGCAAAGGAAUGUCGAUUGAGGAAAUUCAUCUGUCUGAGGAUGAAAUGGAACUUUAUCUCGAUCUUGCACCGUUUCUAAAUCCUUGCCCAUACAUUGUGCCAGAAGACAUGUCUUUGGCGAAGGUGUACAAUCUUUUCCGGCAAUUAGGACUGAGGCAUAUAUUCGUUGUUCCUCGUCCUUCACGUGUUAUGGGUUUAAUCACUAGGAAGGAUUUGUUAGUUGAGGAGAGUGAUAGUUCUGCCACCGUGGAACUUCAAUCAACUAGUGUAAGAGAUCAACAUCAAGAUAGAAGAGCAAAUGGUCGACACACACAUCUGGAACACCCUCUUCUGGAUAGUCUCCUCGUCCAAGAAUAGCAAUAUACUAUCUUCUUUUCGGUGGCAUGGCAUCAAUAUUCUAUAUGCAUUUCCAUCCACCAUGCUAUGGAGAACGUUAUUAUAUACUGGAUCAUUCUCAAUGUCUAAUAUAAGAUAAAACUAGAAAUUCUUUUGUUAUUAUUUUGCCUUAACAUCUUUAUAAUAGGGAGAAUAGAUGGUGGAAUUAUUUUGUAGGGCCAAAACUCAAAAGUAGCCGCAGGUUCAGUAAAUAGAAAAUGUAAAGCUUUUACAAGCAAUAAGUGGUUGAAAAUAUGUGAUUGUACAUCUACUUUUUGUGUAAUAUUCUUGAGCAUGUGAUGUGUUCUGAUAUUAACAUCUUAAUAUUGUAAUCAUUUGAUUUCGCAAAA